UUAUUCUAUACAGAUAUAAAGAGAAGACUGGGUGAGAAAUUUUCUUCGCCGUUCAAUACAACAACGCGUGCGCUUUUCUUCCAGAGAAGCCAGUAGUCGCUUUAAUGGUAUGUACUUUCAUAGAGACGUGUUAUUUAACGAUGAGAGGUUUUGACUUAACAACGAAUAAUUCGGGUUGUGCAUCUUGUACACUCGAACCACCGCCUGACAUCCUUCAUAUACCGCCACCACCGUUCCCAGCCAUUUUUCAACAUAGCUCAGAUUUUUAUCCACACACGGAUUUAUUAUCGUUUCCAUCUCAUUUUAAUGACAGCCCUUGCAAACAUUUUUGCGAUCGCCGUUCCGAAGGAGUUCAAUACAUAGAAAUGCCUCAACAAGGAACAGUUUUCGAUGACACAUGGUUGCUGGUUCUAAUAUCUUCUUGCAUCGGUGUAAUUUUCAUAGGCAUCGUACUAGCAACAUUACUCUUAAAAUGCAAAUUUAAUAAAAGUGGUAAAAGUGGCGUAAUUUCUAUACCAAAUGCGACAUCUGGUAUACAAGCAAAAAACGGAAGAAUUCAAAAUGAAGCUGUUCUUUACCCCUGUGGAGCUGAUACUAUGCAAGAUAGUCGUGUUAUGUGGGCUACUCUUACACCACGGGGUACUACUAGACAUUAUCUAGAAGAACAUACUUAUGAAACAAUCGGCGGUGGACAAUUUCAUAAACGUGCCUGUUCAACUACGCCAACUGAACAUGUAAAACUUAAGACUUACGCAGAUCCUCCGGUUACAACUCCGAUUCAAAAUCGAUUAAAGGACGACAAAGCUUUUGAUAACACUGCUUUCGUAGAUUACGAAGAACCUUCGUUAAUGAAGACUGACUAUUAUCAACUCAGUGAUGUUUUAGAAUCGAAUGAUCCAAGUAUACAAAGAGGAACAUCGCGGCCACGCGUUAGCUCACCAACACGAAUCGAACAUCCAAAUUUACCACCCCUUAACCUUCAUCCUCAUAAACGUUCUUCUCGUAAAGGAUCUGCUACGUCACAAGCUUCAGAUACAUUAUUAAGAAAUAGUAUUACUUCAUCUACAUAUAUUCCUACCAUAUAAUUUUUAUAUUAAACUUUGGUUAUAUUUCUAGGCUUAUACAAUAAGCGACAGUAAAUCACAGUAUAUUUUGUAUAUAUUAUUUUCACAUCUAGUCAUUUUAAUCAAAAAAUGAGUAUAAGUUUUAAAAAAGUGACUUGGUCGUUUAAAAAUGAUAAAAUCUAGCAAUGUGAUCAAUAUGUAUAAUAUUAUUUAUAUUUUAUUAUGUAUAAGAUAUCAUAUCACUCUCACUGCCAAAUAGAAUAAAAAAAAAACAAAAUGAUUCACUAUAGAUCAAAUUUGAAUAAUCUUUUCAGAUUUAUGUUCUGUAAUUUAUUAAUACAUUUAUAUUACAUUCUAUAAAUUAUAUAGAUAAUGACAGAAUUUAGAGAAAAAAUAGUAUAAUCACUAGUUUAUAUAUUAUCAUAUAGAAAAAAAACUUAUUCAAAAGUUCAUGCCAAAAAAGAGGCUGAUAUAUUAUAUGUUGAAAAAUCUACUAAAAAAAAAUCGUUCGAUAAAUAUAAGAAAAAUUUCAAAUUUGCAUAAUUUGUUACAAAUUUUUUUUUGUUGAAAUUGUUAUAACAAAAUUUACUAAUUGUUUUUAAUUUUAAUUUCGUUAUUGUUUACAAUGUAACUUUUGUAGGAAAUAUAUUGUUUCAAUAAAAAAAGAUCAUUGCUGAGCCUAAA